UCGAGCAAAAAUAAUAGCUCAGGCAAUGGCGCUACCACUACCAGGAAGCCCAGCACGCGAGUGAAGAACGUGGUAGACUACGAUGAGAAACGGGCCUUUGUAGAACUCGGCAGCGAAGAGGUCGAUGGCGAGCAAAACGACGUCUCCAAUCCGGGCUUGAAUGAGCUCGAGGAGCGCGUCAACGACCUCAGCGAGUCAUGGGAAACCGAGUCGCUGUUCCAAGAUGCCUUGGAAGACUUGGCCGAGGAUCGCUUCUUCACCGACGAUCCCGAGGCCUGCACUCCAGACGAGGCCACCAAGUUUCGGCAGCUUCUGCGCUCCGUUGGUCCCGCCAUCUUUUGCGAAAGGACUAUCGGGUCCGGCCUCAUCACCGCCAAGAAGCUGCUCACUGCCUUUGGCAUCCGCCCGCCCGCCUUUCUCGAGGGCGCCGAUGAUGAGGCCUACUACUCGUUACUGAGCCUCGCUCUCAGCCGAGAGCUGUCCAAGCGGGCCAAGCUGCCCAAGUACAACACCAUUGACGACGCGGUUGAGCUGCUCAAAAACUCAAACAACAUCAUCGUCCUGACCGGCGCCGGCAUCUCCACCUCGCUCGGCAUUCCCGACUUCCGCUCCAAGGGCACUGGUCUCUACUCCAAACUCGAGCACCUUGGCCUCAACGACCCGCAAGAGGUCUUUGACAUCGCCGUCUUCCGCCAGGAUCCCACCAUCUUCUACUCGGUCGCGCGCGACAUCCUUCCAAGCCACGACCGCUUCUCACCCACGCACGCCUUCAUCGCGCUUCUCCAGGAAAAAGGCAAGCUCCUGACCAACUACUCCCAAAACAUCGACAACCUCGAAGCCAAAGCCGGCAUCCGCCCCGACAAGCUCGUCCAGUGCCACGGCUCCUUUGCCACGGCCUCGUGCGUCAAGUGCGGCCACAAAGUCCCCGGCGAGUCCCUCUUCCCCGAGAUCAAGGCCGGCGAGAUCCCGCGCUGCCGCAAGUGCGCCCAGGGCAACCGCACCACCACCAACAGCAGCGGGGGCUCCCGCAAGCGCAAGGUCCAGCGCGACGGCACCGACAAGAAGCCGCGCCGGCGCCCGGGCGACUACGAUAGCAACUCGGACUCGGAAUUCGACAGUUCCAUGACGACGCCGACCAAUUGGACCUGGUGCGGCGUCAUGAAGCCCGACAUCACCUUCUUCGGCGAGCCGCUGCCCGACGAGUUCUCGCGCCGCCUGACCGAGCACGACCGCGACCUCGUCGACCUGGUCAUCGUCAUCGGCACCUCUCUCAAGGUCGCCCCCGUCAGCGAGGUCGUGCCCUUCCUGCCGCCGCAUAUCCCGCAAAUCUACAUUAGCCGCACGCCCGUGUCGCAUGUCAACUUUGACAUUGAUCUCCUCGGUGACUGCGAUGUCGUCGUUGCCGAGCUCUGCCGCAGGGCUGGAUGGGAGCUGAAGCACGAGAUGAUACCGGAAGGGCAGGUGGUCGAGACGAAGCUGGCAGAGGGCUGGAGCAGCCGCCAUAUUUUUACGCAGGUG